GGUGACGCGAACCUGCGUGAGCGCACCGACGCACGGCGGGACGGGGCGGAGGACAUGGAGGGAAGCGACGCUGCUGCUACGCAUGUGCGGUGGCUGUGAUGGUGAUGGUUGGCGAGUGGAACCCAUGAGGAGCGGAGCCGGCAGCCGGAGAGCGACAUGGCGGGAGUGUUCGACAUCGACCUGGACCCCGAGUACCAGCAGGAGGAAGGCGUCUCAGACGAGGAGUUGGAAGGGGUGCAGUACAGUGACUGCAUGGAGCAUGGAGUUCCCUUUGAACUAGAUAUGGAACACUGUGAAAAAUUUGAAAUCUCGGAAAACAAUGUGAAUAGAGGUCCAGAAAAAAUCCGACCGGAAUGCUUUGAGCUAUUGCGGGUGCUAGGCAAAGGUGGUUAUGGGAAGGUUUUCCAAGUGAGGAAGGUAUCGGGUGCAUAUACAGGAAAGAUAUUUGCCAUGAAAGUGCUAAAGAAGGCAAUGAUUGUUCGUAAUGCAAAGGACACAGCCCAUACUAAGGCGGAACGCAGUAUCUUGGAAGAUGUCAAGCACCCAUUCAUUGUGGAUCUGAUGUACGCUUUCCAGACUGGGGGGAAGCUCUACCUCAUCCUUGAAUAUCUCAGUGGUGGAGAGCUCUUUAUGCAACUGGAAAGAGAAGGAAUCUUCAUGGAAGAUACUGCUUGUUUUUAUUUAGCGGAAAUCUCGAUGGCUUUGGGACACUUGCAUCAGAAAGGUAUUAUUUACCGUGACUUGAAGCCAGAGAACAUCAUGCUCAAUCAUCAAGGGCAUGUUAAACUAACAGAUUUUGGAUUAUGCAAAGAAUCUAUUCAUGAUGGUGCUGUGACUCACACUUUCUGUGGAACAAUAGAGUACAUGGCACCAGAAAUUUUAAUGAGAAGUGGACAUAAUCGUGCGGUGGACUGGUGGAGUUUAGGAGCCCUAAUGUAUGACAUGCUGACAGGAGCACCUCCUUUCACUGGCGAGAACAGGAAGAAGACCAUCGACAAAAUCCUGAAGUGUAAACUCAAUCUGCCACCCUACCUCACACACGAAGCCAGAGACCUUCUUAAAAAGCUGCUAAAAAGGAAUGCUUCGUCGCGCCUUGGAGCUGGAGUUGGGGAUGCGACUGAUGUCCAGGCUCAUCCUUUCUUCAGACACACAAACUGGGAGGAUCUUUUAGCUCGUAGAGUUGAACCACCUUUCAAGCCAUGUCUGCAAUCAGAUGAUGAUGUCAGUCAGUUUGAUUCGAAGUUCACACGGCAGACACCUGUUGACAGCCCUGAUGACUCGACACUCAGCGAAAGUGCCAAUCAAGUCUUCCUGGGGUUCACAUAUGUGGCUCCAUCAGUACUUGAGAGCGUGAAGGAAAAAUUCUCAUUUGAGCCAAAAAUCCGUUCACCUCGCAGGUUUAUAGGCAGCCCUCGGACUCCGGUGAGGUUUUUUUGUUUGGCUGGAGAGAGGUCACCCUGACGAGUUGCCUCAAAUGCGGGCCCUCUUUUAUACAGCCCAGUCAAGUUUUCUGCUGACUGCUGGAGUCGGGGAGCCAGUGUGGAGCCGCCCCGAGGGCGUGGGUCAUCCGAUUACCCAAUGGAUGUUGGGAUGGAGCAGAUGGACGUAACUGUCAGUGGAGAGGCCUCGGCUCCACUGCCGAUCCGGCAUCCUGUGGGCGUGAGUCCUGUGCCUUUCAAAAAGCAAACGUACCCAGUGCCCCCUAACAGACCAGCACACCUGCGCAUGAACCUAUGACGACAGCUGAACGUGGAAGGAAGGGGAAAUAUAACUGAUUGAAGACUGCAGAUGCAAGCACUAACCGAGUACAAACGAGGAAGUGUUUUUGGGGAUGGUACCAAACCUCCCCAUUUCUCUCCCUCAGCCCCUUACCAUGGAAGUCUCGGCUCAGAACCAUUAUACAAUGAAAACAUGCAUCACUGACCAAAGGGGAAUGAAAGGGAGAUUAAAAUAAUUGGCAGGGUGGUGAGCAUCUUUGAGAAGCACGUACUUCAACAUUAGAGGGGCACUGAUGUCCCAUGCAGUGGUUCACCUCUUGAGGUUCUGCACAUGACAUGAACAGACGACCCCCGUGGCUCAUCGUUGUUAAUGGUGUUGAAGAAAUCUUCCCACUUAGGUGCCUGACGAACACAGUAUUACCAAAGGCAGAAGUUGCCUGAACCUCUCAAUCAAACUGAAGCUUGUGUCCGGGAGGGAGGGGGUGGAGUGCAGACUAUGAUGGGUGCAUCUGCACCUCAGUUGAAAAAGAUUGCACCUUGUCAUAAUGUUACCUGAAGUCUCAGAUGCUCAGUCUGGUAUUGUAAUGCAUUGGAGCCCACAUAAAUGCAGUUUAUAGAGAGAUAUCAUGGAUUAAAAGCAAAUCUAAAUCCCACGCUGCAAUGCGUGCAUGUUGAUGCAUUAACUCUUUGGUACAUUCAAGUCUUAAAAAGCCUAAGUUUGCUUUUGGUAGACUUAAUGAUUGAAGAGGUUUAAAGUUUAUCACAUUAUUUGCCUUUUUGCCUACUGCUAUUAUGCUCUUUUUCCGUAGAGUUUUCUGUAAUCACAGUACUGGAAUAGAUUUUAGUUCUGAAAGGAACACAAUUAGCGCCUGCUGAGAGUUUGACGCCAUACAUGUGAUGGGGUGCUAGAAGCACUUUAAACUCUUGGCCAUUGUACAGUUCUAGUUCAAAUUUCAAUGCAUAUCAUCUUUGAGUGCCCCCAUUAAAUUUCUCCCUUCUGCAUCUCCUUUCAAAAUAUGUUUGUGUUGGUGUCUGCAUCAUGUAACUCUGUGGGACUAUAGGCCCUAAAGCUGAUGUUCCUCCAACCUAAUGCUUGUAGUGAGUAUCAGCAAGACAAGGAGAAACCUUCUCAACCCAGAGCAAUGUUUCCCUUGGGUUCAAGCAUCUCAGAGUCUGAAAUCAUCAAAUAGCACUUUCCAAAGAUGAGCCGUGAAACCGUGGUGCUAGACAUUGCAUAAAGAGCCCUUGUAGCCAUGAUUGUUUUCCCUCAGCUAUAAUACUUGACAGAUAUUUGCUCUGAAUCUGCCAUGCUGUGUUCUAGGCUUCUAGGUUUGAAUUGUGUGAAGUGUAGUGUGUAUUGAAUCUAGUUUUCUUAAAAGUUGCUUUUUCUCUCUCUCUCGCUUUUACUCUUGUUCUCUCUCUCUCGCGCUCUCUCUCUCUCUCUCUCUCUCGCGUUUUUACUAUCGAAAUUAGUUGAGCCAUAGGAUCCAAGCCAUAAAUGCCUUUAUGCAUGCAAAGGCAGUCCACAUGCAUUUGGCCUUUUUGAGUAUGAAACAAUAUGAGAGCUUAAAUCCAAGUUAUGUGGCUGUUACACAGAGAUCUUAGACGUUGAAAGGCAGAAACAAAGGUAUUUUGUGUAAAUGAUUUUUGUUCUCAUUAGAUUUCUAAAUACUUUGCCAUUUCUUGGUCUUUGGGUUCAGUGUGCUGUGUUCUUGGUUUUUGUAUUUUGUUUUUGCUGAUUCAAUCCCGGAUUUUUAUUGCAGAUCUUCACUUUGCCCUUUCAGAGUCUAUUAUAAUUGCAUCGAAGGUGAACUGUGGAUCUUUCUUGAGUAUUUUUUAACCUAUGUUUUCCACAAGUAGAUCAUGGCAAAACAGUGGCCUCACUGUGAGCAGAGAUCAUCAGUCUGAAGUUCAAGAAUUAGUAGCAAGUGGGAAGCGGUGGCUUCAGUGUGUCCAUCCCUGGAAUUCGGAUUUAUUAACAUCAUUGAAUGCUAGCUCAUUUCCUCCAUCCCCCCCCCGCACUCUCAUCUUGACUACAGUGCAAGAAAACAGAUCCAUUGUUUCAAACAAUACCUAGUUAUUGUUAUCCUAUUCUGUUUUCUCAGUAUAGUCUUGGUUGGGUCAGCCUUUGAUAUGGGAGAACAGACAGAAACCUGUGGGUCUUGUGCACUAGAAGCAUCAUUUUCAGUUCUCUGUAUUGUGAAAACUGAGGACUUUAAAACAUCAUCAUUGUUUUUUUAAAAGCACAAUCCUUGGAGUCAAAUAUUGAAAUAUGUGGAAUUAUUUCAAUGAGACCUAAGUAAAUCACCCAGCCACUAAUGCUGCUUCAGAUCAGCUAGUCUGUCAAUGUUGGCAACAUACCCCAUCAGUGGAAAACGAUUUGGCUGAAUAUUUUGUUUGGUCUCAGAAAUACUCCUCAUUGCCUAUUCUGGGUGGUAGUUUGCAACAUCUGUUGUCAAAUUCCUAAUAUUUAAUCAGUUACCAAAAAGUAAUUUGGAUGGUGUUGAGGAUGUGAUUUCCCCUCUUCAGAGUUUAUUGCAAUCAUUCAAUUAUUUUUUCCAUUGAGUUGGAGGGAAUGCUUCAGCUGGCAAGCUGAUGUGGAGUUGGCCUGCAGAUGAUGCACUGACAGGUGGUCAGUACUUUUCCUUAUGACAACAUAGUCUGCAAUGUCUUUAGAGGCCAGAGGAUUGUGAUCAUGAACCUUUGUCUCAGCUGUGCUGCAGCAUGAGGCUGUCAACGUGUGUCACCUUACCAGACUCAGUGAGCCCUGUCAGCUGUGGAGGAGAGGUAUACAUCUCAUUGUUAUGUCAUUUGAGACUUUGGAGCAAAUUUAACAAGCCAUUGGAACCAAAAAAUUUCUUGAAGCUAACCAUAUUUGGUAGGGAAGAAUUGUUCUGCUCUUAAACCGGAUAAUUGGUUGAUAGUUUUUUUUAAUGAAGAUAAAGGACUGAUAAUAUUAAUGAUUAUAUUUUUAAGUUUACAAGAGCCUUCACUACCUCCCUCUUAUACAGCCUUUUUCCAGGGACUUAAGAAAGAAAACUAUAUGCUGGACUGAAAGUAUCAAAAAGGGCGCAUCUUCAAAUUCAGUUUUGCUCUUAGUGUUCAUUUAACGCUAGAAGUUUCUGAGAUUUUAAAGAAUUUUGUGAAUAGCUUCGUAGGACUAAAUUCUUCCCCCUUUAUGAAUAUCACCUGACCUCAGAUUCAAGCAGUCCAUUACUCAAGUUGCUCAAUGCAGAAAUUUACUGUUUAUUUCUAUAUUUUAGAACAAAAAUCUAUAAAUUGCUCAAAUUAACUUAACCUUCAAACUCAUUCAGACUUGUGAAAUUCUAAUUCUUUUUGAGUUUAAGAGAGAACUGAAAAUGGAUUAUUCCUUCUAUGGAAAUGCUAUUGAAGGAGUACUGAGUUUUGGUUGGCAUGGCUCUAUCAGUUGAUGUUGUAUUUGAUGCCUAAUCUCAUUUAUGUGGGAAAAAAAAUUCAAGAAGAGUUAUUUGGAGCAUUAAGUGCACACUGCUGGUGAAUGAAAGGCAAGUGCCUUCAUUAGCUUGAUGUUCAAUAUGAGAGGGCUGCCAUCACCAAGGUUUGAGAGAUCUUGUUCAGUUUCCUCAUCACUUUCCUGUUGUGCUCUCAGAUGGUGAUUGUAAGCCAGCAGGAAGUGGCUUACCACAUACCAAAUUAACAGGCAUGCAUUUACCAAAUCUGAAAGGUGGGAGGGGGGCACGUGGUUAUGUUUUGUAUUAAUUUCUAUAUUGCUUCUUAGACGUUGUAGGUUGACUGCAAAAAAAAGCAAUUAAUCAAUGAAUUACUUUUAAUUCUGAAGUUAGACUCUUGUAUGUUAAGUCUGCAAUCAUGUAAAGGCUUUUAUUUUUUUCAAGAUUGAAAUCAGAACACCAGACCUUUUAGAUGAAACUUUGGUCUUGUUUAAUCUAGUACUUAUAAAAAAAAUUGUGCUGAAUUUUGAAUUUAAAAUUCUUGCUAUUCAACAACUAGGGAAAUGGUUAAAAGUGUAUUCUAAAAUAUAAAAAAAACUUAAUGCCUGUUGGUUAAUUUGUCUCCCUUCAUAGACUGAAUACCUUUUGUAGCCCUCUUUCUUUUCUCUCUUACGCUUGAUGACAUAAGUAAUUUAAAUUUGGGGAAGUGCUGGAAGGAGGAAGAGCAAACUGCAAAUGUUGGUUCAAUGUUCUGGUUGGAUUUUGAAUGGAAACGGGCAACAAAAACAAAUGAGCUUUGAUUUCUUGCACUGUUUUGCAUCGAUGUCCAGUCCCCUGCUCCUGGAGUAACUCAGUGGCAACUUCCUUGAAAAUUAACUCCCUGAUAACCCUAGAACCCUUGGUUGAUGGCAGCCAUUCUGCAUUGAAAGCUUAGAAUUCUAUUUCAGUAAAAUAUUCACUGAUUGCAAAAGGGUCUCAAAUUUGCCAACUAUCCAGCCACACUUCCCUUUCUCUGCCACAGAACCAAUCACUACCUCUGGCCACGGUGGUACCUCUUAUUUGGAGGGUCUUACUUUGGGGAAGGCAAGAAUUUGAACAGAAAGGAAGCUGGUAGAUACUUAAAUAACUGCUGUAGUCAUGAUGGGUGGUUGUUGGUCAAACUAUGCAAAGUGCUUUUUUUCCUCUCCCCCUCCCCCAUUCUAAUUUUUGUAAAUAAAACUCAAACAAUAUAGAUUUGCCUAAUCGUUUAAUAAUCUUUGCAAAUUAGGCAUUGUAUUUUAAUGGAUUUAUGAAAGUUUUUGUCGAUCAUUAUUUUUGUAUGAUCUCUUUGAAUCUUUGUUGCAGCCAAAAUGGCUAUUUGAUUUGAAUAAUAGAGUAACAGAAAUGUUUUAUAAAAUGCUUCCUUUUCGCCUCUCUUCCCCUCCUGGGGCUUUUAUUUUGUAGACCUAUUGUUUUACUUUGUAAUUCUUUUGCUUGUGUGUAUUUGUGGGGAAGGGGAGAAAUAUCAGUUUGUUUAUCUAAGCUUUUCAAUUUUCAUGAAUGUAUAGUCUUUGUAGACUAUUAAAUUUAUUUUUGUUUGUAAAUGUA